GCACAUUAUUUGUCCAGCUGUACAAGAGCUUACUUUUUUAAUCAUAGUGUAUAUACCUAUAUAUAAAUUAUUAGUUUUUCUUUCUGAAAACAUACUCAAAAUGCGGAAAAGGACAACAACCCUUUAUCUACUGUUAAUUGCAGAAUUUUGUUCCUUUAAAAUGGCAUUGUCCAACUUCCAUUUCAUCUCGCUAAAGAAGACACAAGAAGAAGCUAAGGACUACUGUCGAAGGAUGCACACGGACCUUGCUACUAUCAACAAUGUGACAGAUUUAAACAAUCUGAUUGUUUCUGUUCCAAAUAACACUGUCAGAUCAUGGAUAGGAUUGGAGCUUGGAAAUGUUUCAACGUGGCACUGGGCUUGGCCUAAUCAAAAACUAGAUUUCUUGAACUGGAGUGUUGGAGAACCAAACGGUUUGGGUCGAGAUUCAUGUGCAGCUAUGGGUCCACAGGGAGAAUGGUUUGAAAGCGAGUGUGAAACACAAAGGAGCUUUAUUUGUCAUGGCAACCGUGAUGUGCCAAGUGAAUACAUAUUUGUUGCCAACACUAAAUCAUGGAGGGACGCACAAAAGCACUGCCGGGAUUUAUCUCUGGAUCUGGUCAGUAUAGGCUCUGCAGAAGAGAACAAAGAAGUCAGGAACCUGUCCACAGAUCAAAAUGUGUGGAUCGGCCUCUUCCGAGAUGCUUGGAGAUGGUCUGAUGGAAGCGAGUCAUCCUUCCGUUACUGGAAACCACAACAACCAAAUUAUCGCGAUCAGGAUUGUGUUGCUGCUGUGUUCAAAGAUGAUGGCAAGUGGAAUGAUCUAAAAUGUGGAAGUCAACGCACAUUUGUCUGUCAAGGCCCCAGUAAAGUUCCACUAACCACUCAAGCAAGCACAUGGGAAACACUGCCGGCAACUGUCACAACUUCAAAGACCACUACAUCAGAGGGGGGUCCAUUUUUAUCCACAGCACCUUCUUCUACCCAUCAAAUAAAUACAGCUGGUGUCUCAGCUUCCACAACACAGGCAGGGACAAUAAAUACAUCACAGUCAUCCAGUGUAACGCCCACUGGAAGAGGUCCUCCUUUGAUUUCAGGAAAUCUGAUAUUAAUUCGUGAAAACAUGACUUGGAUUGAGGCCUUGAAUUACUGCAGAGAGCACCACUUGGACCUUGUCUACAUCACUGGGCAAAGCACUCAGGAUCAAGUGGCUCAAAUGGCACAGAAUGCCACUUCAUCCCACAUUUGGCUUGGGCUACGAUACACUUGUAACUUUGACUUUUGGUUCUGGAGCGGUUCAUCCGCUAACUGUUACCAGAACUGGGUCCCCGGACAUGGACCACAAGAGGGCCCAUAUGAAUGUGGAAUAACUGGAGCCAUGGUGUCCACUGGGGGGCAGCAAUGGGUGGGCUUGCCUGAAACGCAGAGAUUCAACUUUAUCUGUCAGGAGGACUGCGCAAAAUAGAUUUCAUAUUAUUAUCAUUAUUUAUUCGAGUGUGAAAAUGUGGUUUUGCCAGUUUUGUUGAGUUACAUUCACAGGUUUAAUCCCUCUUGUCCCACUAAGCCAGUGCAAUAGUGAGAGGAUACUUGUGGGCAUAGGCGGAGUUUGACUUUUGGGGCAGGAGGGGCACAACAUGUUGAUGACCCCGAAACACAGUGUCAGCAAUAAAAUUAACUCACAAGAAUAUUUAUAAUAAGUAGAAAAUGAGCGUUAUUUUGUUUAUCGUUAUUCGAUCAAUAAAAGUGGCUUCAAUCAAAAUACAUAUUUUCAAUUGAAAAAAAAGUCACUUCAAUAAAAAAAAUGUGUUUGAAUGAAAAAAAAAAUUAAAACUAAAAAACAAUGCAUUUGAAAGCUAUUUUUAUUUGAAUUA